AUGGACUGGGCUUGUUGCUCCCGAUGCGACCGGUAUUUCAACUCUCCAUUGGCGAUGGAGCAACACAUCCGGGACUCGCCCAAGCAUAACAUCUGUGGCGCCUGCAACGACGACUUCGAACUGAGGGAAGACUUAGAAGAACACUGCGAAUAUUGGCAUGACUACUGCAGACAUUGCAGCCGAUUUUUCGACAGUGCCGAAGACCUCGAUCAGCACGACGUAUUACAGCACGACAUGUGCAUCGUCUGCGGAAGAUAUUUCAUCUCAGAAAACAAUCUGAGAUAUCAUAAACUGACACACGUGGAUAAAACAAUUGGCUGCCGUGGCUGCGAACGCGACUUUGUAACACACUUUGCCAUGACUCUGCAUUUGGAGGAGGGCACUUGCAGCUCCGGCGUCGAUCAAGGGAGGGUCACCGAGCUCGCGUUUCAGUGUCGCCUAUCGCAGUACUAUGCGAGUAGCAAGGGUGGCUUUGAUUUCGAAUGCCCGAGCUGUACAGUACCGUUCUCCUACAUGAGCGGCCUUUUCCAACACGUACAAAGCGAAGCGUGUGACGAAGAGUUGGAUAAACAUAGCCCUCUGAGAGUUUUUCUUCGAUUUUUAAGACGACGUGCGUGA